UAGAAGUUCAAUUGCUUAUUGUGUGUGUGAGUGUAUAUAAAUUCAGUUGUAGCCAAAGAAAAUCCAGAGGAAGAUAGAGAGAGUAAGAUGGAAAGUGAAAAGAAAAACCAUGCACCUCACUGUCUCAUCUUACCUUAUCCAGCACAAGGCCACAUGAACCCUAUGAUUCAAUUCUCAAAACGUUUAAUAGAGAAAGGAGUAAAGAUAACACUAAUAACAGUUACAUCUUUCUGGAAAGUAAUCAGCAACAAAAAUCUCACUUCUAUUGAUGUCGAAAGCAUCUCCGACGGCUACGACGAAGGAGGCCUUUUAGCAGCAGAAAGCUUAGAAGAUUACAAAGAAACCUUCUGGAAAGUUGGAUCACAAACUCUCUCAGAGCUUCUUCAUAAACUUUCAAGCUCAGAAAACCCUCCAAAUUGUGUUAUCUUUGAUGCAUUUCUACCUUGGGUUCUUGAUGUUGGAAAGAGUUUUGGAUUAGUUGGUGUUGCUUUUUUUACUCAAUCUUGUUCUGUUAAUAGUGUAUACUAUCAUACUCAUGAGAAGUUGAUAGAGUUGCCACUUACACAAUCUGAGUAUUUGUUACCUGGAUUGCCAAAACUUGCUCCAGGGGAUUUGCCUUCUUUCUUGUAUAAAUAUGGAUCCUAUCCGGGAUACUUUGACAUAGUUGUCAAUCAAUUUGCGAAUAUUGGUAAAGCUGAUUGGAUUCUUGCAAACUCGAUUUAUGAACUCGAACCAGAGGUGGUUGAUUGGUUAGUGAAAAUAUGGCCAUUAAAGACAAUAGGACCAUCAGUGCCAUCUAUGUUAUUGGACAAAAGACUCAAAGAUGACAAAGAAUAUGGUGUUAGCCUUUCAGAUCCCAAUACAGAAUUUUGCAUCAAAUGGCUGAAUGAUAAGCCUAAAGGUUCAGUUGUGUAUGCUUCAUUUGGUAGCAUGGCCGGUCUUAGUGAAGAGCAAACACAAGAACUAGCUUUAGGAUUAAAAGAUAGUGAAAGUUAUUUCUUAUGGGUUGUUAGAGAAUGUGAUCAAAGUAAGCUUCCAAAAGGGUUUGUGGAAUCAUCAAAGAAAGGUUUAAUAGUGACAUGGUGUCCACAACUACUAGUGUUAACACAUGAAGCUUUAGGUUGUUUUGUGACACAUUGUGGUUGGAACUCGACGUUGGAAGCUUUGAGCAUCGGUGUUCCACUGAUUGCAAUGCCGCUUUGGACCGAUCAAGUUACGAAUGCAAAGCUUAUUGCUGAUGUUUGGAAAAUGGGAGUAAGAGCUGUUGCUGAUGAGAAAGAGAUUGUUAGAAGUGAAACAAUUAAAAAUUGUAUAAAGGAAAUUAUUGAGACUGAAAAGGGAAAUGAAAUUAAGAAAAAUGCUUUGAAAUGGAAGAAUUUGGCUAAGAGUUCUGUUGAUGAGGGUGGAAGAUCUGAUAAAAAUAUUGAAGAAUUUGUGGCUGCUUUGGCUCAAUGUUGAGAUGCAUUAAAAUUGACAAAAUUGGUGUGUGAUGAUUCCUAGUUUAUGCCUUCUGAAUUAUUGGUGUAUCCUUUCAUUUCACUUUUUUCUUUCCUUUAUGCAUAUGUGAUGUGAAUAUAAUAAGUUUAAGAUUGUCAUUUGGUAGGGUUGAAUCAUCUGUCUUACAAUCCAUGUGUUUUUCUGUAGUAGCAACAUUAAUUCCUUGUCAAACAAGUUGAAUAAUCUUAUUAGUUAAAUAUAGUAAUUGUUAUGCAGCCAAACUA